ACUCAGCUUGGCUCUGCUCUGCUGUGCUCUGGCCUCGCGCACUCGACAAGGACGCGACGCUACCAAAUCUCCAGUGACUGACGGACAGAUAUCUACACACCUUAGCUCCUAGUUAAUAACAAUUCUCCCAUGGGGUGUGAUGGAGGGGGGCUGACCUGGUGCCCCAUGGGAAGUUUGUGAUUCUGUGAGCCAAACGGACGUAGGGCUAACGCAGGGACCAUCAUGUCUCCAGCCCCAGAAGCCCCAGCUAGCCGGCGUCUUCUCGGCCCACCGGGGAGACACCCAUGACUCCCAGCCUCUCUCCGCCCCGAGCGACCGACCGACCGACCGACCGACCGGGGACCCGAUCCUCCAUCCGGACUGUUUGCUGUUGAUGCAUGGAGCCCGAUGAGACUCAUAGAGGGAUGAACAUGUACCUUUGGUGGAUUUUACUGCACGGAUUUUGGAGCGUUUAUGGGGAACUUCCAUUCAUUGCAGACAAUAACGCAGCCAUGUUGGUCAACUGGAAUGCAGUCGAUGGAAACAAGAAGUUGUUUGCAAUCUAUGAUACCAGCGUGAAUGAACCAGGGAACAUGUCGUUUGUGAAAGAGACGGUGGACAAACUACUAAAGGGAUAUGAUAUUCGUCUUCGACCAGACUUUGGAGGGGCCCCUGUUGCAGUUGGCAUGAGUAUAGAUGUGGCGAGCAUAGACAUGGUGUCCGAAGUCAACAUGGACUACACUUUAACCAUGUACUUCCAGCAGUACUGGAGGGACAAGAGGCUGGCGUACUUAGGGAUCCCACUGAACCUCACCCUGGAUAACCGGGUAGCAGAUUCACUCUGGGUCCCUGACACCUACUUCCUGAAUGACAAGAAGUCCUUUGUCCACGGUGUGACGGUCAAGAACCGCAUGAUCCGCCUCCACCCGGAUGGAACAGUGCUCUACGGCCUGAGGAUCACAACGACGGCAGCCUGUAUGAUGGACCUGAGGAGGUACCCUCUGGAUGAGCAGAACUGCACUCUGGAGAUCGAGAGCUAUGGAUACACGACAGAUGACAUUGAGUUCUACUGGAAGGGAGGAGACAAUGCGGUGACGGGGGUAACACGCAUUGAGCUGCCACAGUUCUCCAUAGUGGACUACAAGCUGGUGUCCAGAAACGUUGUCUUUUCCACAGGUGCCUACCCACGACUGUCUUUGAGCUUCAAGCUAAAGAGGAACAUUGGCUACUUUAUCCUGCAGACCUACAUGCCCUCCAUCCUGAUCACCAUCUUGUCCUGGGUCUCCUUCUGGAUCAAUUACGAUGCCUCGGCUGCAAGAGUGGCAUUAGGAAUCACCACUGUGCUCACCAUGACCACCAUCAACACCCAUCUGAGAGAGACGCUCCCCAAGAUCCCUUACGUCAAGGCCAUCGACAUGUACCUGAUGGGCUGCUUCGUCAUGGUCUUCCUGGCCCUGCUGGAGUAUGCCUUCGUCAACUACAUCUUCUUCGGCCGUGGACCACAGAUGCAGAAGAAGCUGGCAGAGAAAGCCGAGAAGGCCAACAACGAGAGGGCGGCCAAAUAUGACACCAAUCGGUCUCCUCAGGAAGGAGGUAAAACGUCAUCUCUUAAGCUGACUAAGCAGCCUAAUAGAGCAAAAACGCUCCGUGUCUCACAGUCGGCGGAGUCCCACGGUAAUAUCCUGCUGACCACCCUGGAGAUCCACAACGAGGUGGCAGGAAAUGAGGUCACCACCAGCCUGGCGGACAGCAGGAACUCCUCUGUCAUGGGAUUUGACAACACCAGCACAGGUACCGGCGUCCAGUGCAGGAAGGCGAGCCGGGCCUCGGGUCCUCGCCACAGCCUCGACAGGCAAGCCCAGUUCAAGAGGCACAAACUGCGGCGGCGCUCGUCGCAGCUCAAAAUCAAAAUCCCUGACCUGACGGACGUAAACGCCAUCGACAGGUGGUCGCGGAUUAUCUUCCCCUCCGUUUUCUCCCUCUUUAAUUUAAUCUACUGGAUGUAUUAUGUCAACUGAUUGACUGAUUUUAGGGUUAGGUGGUGUUGUCAUUUUUUUUUUCUCCUUCGUCAUCAUUUUGUCUUUUUUACGUGAUAGUAAAUGUUUUGCUAUCGAAAAACAAAGGACUGCCUCUAUGUAACAUGGACAAACUGCUUUGACCCCUUUGUUAAAGUUUUUAUAUUUGCAGUCGUACUCAAAUUGGGGAUAUCGGUGGAUUGCGAAUUCUUAAAAUUUUGUACAGAACUAUGUAGAUAAAUACCCAUACUGUAGGACUGGGACUGUAUACUUCCCAUUCUUUUUGCCCUCUCUGCCAUUUGAUAAUGGAGAUCUUUAUACCCAAUUCAAUAUGUGCAAUCUGCAAGAAAGAAACCAUAAUAUAAUUUUUUUUUUAACGAACCCAAAUAAAAUACAAAUGCUAUGUAAUGUAUUAUGCAUAUACACAAUGAAUUGUAAUGUAUACUUUAUCAUUAUUUGCAUAUUAUUUGUGAUGAAUGCGGAUCAAUGCAAAAAUAUAUACUCAUGUUUUGUGAUGCUUGCAAUCUUUAUCACGUAUAUAUUUUUUGUCUUGGUCAGAUAAUAUAAUUUUCAAGUGCACAUACAGUAUUUGCAUAUUUUACAGUGAAGUGGUCCUGUUUAUGUAUGUCUAUGUACAGUGUAUUAUUAUUAUUAGUAGUAGUAAUAGUAAUAGUAGUAUUGCUAUUAUUAUUAUUAUUAUCAUUAUUAUUACAUACUGAACUAUAACAUUUUAACACAGGUGCAAAUUAAUGUCUACUGUUGAGGGUUAUAAUAUCUCAGGUUCUGGAUUUUGCUAAUUGGCAACCAUUACGUUUUCAAAAUCCCGUCAAACAGUCUUGAAAUUGGAAUAUUGAUUGCUAAUCUAAACAUACCCAUAACUGCACUCAAUGAAUCUGUCAUGGUUCAUAUCUUUUCUACCUGAUAUUGUGAAUGCAUGACAGGAUUUCACUCAGUAAAUUGACAGCAUUCCUUUAAAUCAGCUCCAUCUUUGAUAGCUGUCGAAUUCUCCUGCCAAUGGCCUUGUGCUAUAUACUGUAUAACAUGUCUUUGUGAAAUAUUCUGAUAUUUUUGUAAGGUGUAACGUUGACUAUAACUACAGUAUAUUAACUCCCUCUCUUGCGCACUAGCAUUGUAGAAAAUAGAUUCCCUGUGUUCACAACAUUCCAUGGAAGUGGCAGGGUUGAGGGUUUGUUUGGGUUUUAGCAUUUGACUGAUCUUUACUGCUGAAAUGACCUUCAACUGUAAAUAUAAUGUAUAUAACAGAUUUGAUGUAAGUGUGCACAUUUUUAUUUGGAGUUGUCUAAUUAGUUGUCUGUUUUAUAAGACAAUGUGAAAUACCGAUGACAUUUCUGUCCUCUUUAAAUGCUUGAAAAUCUAUUGAAUUAACAUAUGGGGUAGAUCAUAUUUUUUUUAUUCCUUUCUUCAGAUUUAUAAGCAAUGAAUGCCAUGAGAGACUAUCUAUCAAAUGCACAGCCAAUAUAAAUAAUACAACAAAACGCAUUGUAAAUCAAGGGCAUUGCGACCACCGAUAACAGUAUAUCAUCAUCAUCCAUUUCUAUAUUUCUAUAAUCUAUUCUGCACAGCUAUCAAAGAAGCAUAUACGAUGUAUUAGUCUCUCAGUAUACAACUGAUGCAUGAAUUCUGUUCUACAGGGCAAGGACAACGAGCCAUAGUCAUUAGAUUGCAACAAAACAUCUAACACAUCCCAUUAGGAAAUGUAAUCAACGGCAUGGAAGUAGCUAACAUUUGGUGAAACAUUGCCAUUGUUCAUAUCAUGCUGCUCUGGGCGAGAGAACAUGCCAAGAUGGCACUGUCUCUUGUUUCUCUAUGCAUGUUAUAUCGCAUGAGUAGUGGUGAUUUAAAAAAAAAAGAACCUUAACCCUAACGUCUUAGACCUGUAUCUCAGGUUACAAGUACAGUUCAAGAGAUUGUGAUAAACUGCCAUUCUCUGGUUGGUUACAGAGCAACCAAUCAUAUCCUGGGGUCAAUGGCUGGGAUACAAAACGACAGUCUUCAAAUAUAUAACUCAUUUAUAUACGCAUAUGUAUUUUACCAUUACCAACUUGCAGCCAAUUGCUUAUUGUAGUGACAUGUUCUCUGGUAUGCAAAUAUACUUUGCUACUUGAUCAUUAAGCUUGUUGUGUGUUUUGGGUUUGAGUGAUAUAAUGGUAGAGUGUGUGUGGUUACACACGCUGGCCUUUAAACAGUUACAGACCCUGGGGUUUCCCUUCCCUUCUCUACUGUGUAGAUGAGGCAGUGUUGGCUGGGUCUUGGUUGUAAGAUGACUAAUAUCCCUUGUUCUUGGCGUAAGAUAGGUAAUAUCUCUUGGUCUUGGUGUAAGAUGAGUCAUUUCUCUUGGUCUUGGUGCAAGAUGAAUAAAAUAUCUUGGUCUUGGUGCAAGAUGAAUAAAAUAUCUUGGUAUUAGUGUAAGAUGAAUAAAAUAUCUUGGUAUUGGUGCAAGAUGAAUAAAAUAUCUUGGUAUUGGUGUAAGAUGAACAAAAUAUCUUGGUAUUGGUGUAAGAUGAAUAAAAUAUCUUGGUAUUGGUGCAAGAUGAAUGAAAUAUCUUGGUCUUGGUGUAAGAUGAAUAAAAUAUCUUGGUCUUGGUGUAAGAUGAAUAAAAUAUCUUGGUCUUGGUGUAAGAUGAGUAAUCUUUCCCGAGACGCAAAGACUUGAGUUAGCCUUUCAGAGCUAAUGCCUAGUCUUUAGCUCAAAAGGCUAACACAGUCUUGUGGCAUGCAGGAGACCCGGGUUUGAAUCCCGGUCAGUCACAUUGGCACAUUCAAUCUGGCACUGUUUCAUGCAUUAAGUGCACUCAUCGUUGCUGGCUUCUAAUGUUGUCUGGCCCAUUAUGGAAUGUCAACAUGUUCUGUUCUGCCAUAAAUGUAUUUAGGUAUAGAUAUCUGUGUUUAUGUUUUUCUCCCUUAUUUCUUUAGGUUAUAAUGUUGCUCUGUUAAUGAAAUAAUAUCAAUUGUAUGACAGUAAUAUCUGGUUUUGCAUCCAUUCAAAUGAAUGAUUUCUGUAACACAUCUGUUAUACGCUAUAGCAACAGGAUGAACAAUGGGCAGACUUCAGAGACAACAUUUCUUGUUCCUAAUGCAUUUCUGUUGAAUGAUUGAAUCUAGACAAAGCCCAAUAGUUUAUGAUUUAUAUGUCAGGUGAAGAUAAACAAAUGAUUACCAGUAUUCUUGGAUUGUGAUUAAAACUGUAUUUAUCAAUGAA